GUUUUGUGGCCAAGACUCGUGCAUCUCUGUGGACAGAUGGACAUCUUCAGUCUUAACGGGGUGUCAGUUCGUACCACGUGAAGGAGGUUUCCGGGCCACCAGGAGGUAAGCUGCGCAGAGGACGAAAGCAUAGUAGCACCUCCAUGAAGCCAAUCCAAUCGAAUGGACGUGCAUAUUAAAGUUAAUGGAACAAUUUAUCGCAUACACAAUUAAUGCAAUCACAACAAAUUCCGAUGCUGAUAAACUUGGAAAAAUUGUCGGCGGAAUGAGAGCGAAAAUCUCCGAUGUUCCUUAUCAAUUGUCAGUGAGAAUUUAUGGAAGUCAUUUUUGUGGGGCAAGCAUUAUCCAUCGACAAUGGGCCUUAUCAGCUGCUCACUGUUUUCCUGAUUACAUUGUCGUUAAUCAUGUGCGAAUUCACAGUGGUAUUGAGGAAUUAAGAAAAUAUGGUUAUCAGCACAAUGUUGUGUUUGUAAUUUUGCAUAAGAAUUUUGAUAGCAAAACGAUGGAACCUUUUGCUCUUUUAAACGACAUUGCGCUUAUUAGAGUAAAACCGGAGUUUUCACACAUCAGUAGAAGACGAAUGCCAAUUCCUUUAAAUAGUGACGAACGGGAGUUAAAAACAGGUUCAAUGGGUCUCAUUUCAGGAUGGGGAAGCUUGAAAGAGACAAGUUCAGUUUUACCGAAUUUUCUCCAAAAGGCAAAUGUACCAAUUGUUCCGCGUUAUAAAUGUGAAAAGAAUUUGGGUUAUCGCAUUCCACGAGAGCAAAUUUGUGCUGGAUUUUUAAAAGGUGGUAUCGACGCAUGCCAGGGUGAUUCUGGUGGACCUUUCCAACUUAAUGGUAAACUCGCGGGAAUAACUUCCUGGGGUAUUGGAUGCGCUCGUCCAUAUCUUCCCGGAGUAUACACUAAUGUUGCUUUUUAUCGUGAUUGGAUACGAGAAAAUGCGGGCAUAUAAAAAAGAUUGUAUCAUACAUUAGCGAAUACAUAAACUUUCGUUGCUACUAAGAAUCUUUUUAAUCAAAAAUUUCGGACUUAUUCAUAUUUAAUUAGUGAUGAGAUAAUUGUUACGAAUUCGUAAUUUGAUAAUGCUCCUGGGGUAAUAAUUUUCUUUUACGACCGUUUGUUAUGGACGCUUGACACGACAAUUGUUCAUUUUCUUGAUAAGUCAAUUUCUAUAACGAACGUACGUUAAGAAUAUUCUAACUCGACUUAAUAAAUAAUUUGGGAUAAAUUAAUUUCAUAAUACUAUUUUUAAAACUUUGUUAGAGUUCGGAAAAAAUAGACACAGUUAUAAGCACCUAGCAGUUAUAAGGACCAGUGAGAGUAAAAAUUUUUCCAUAGUUUUCAAAUCGAGAUGGAACGAACCAAUAGUGAAAAACCCUUUAAAACGUUCCCCGCGGUGAAAUAAAUUGACGCUCGCGUGUUUACACGUCGGCAAAAUUAAAAUUCCUCAAGUGUAGCAAAGCUGAGUCGACAACGGAAAAAGGCGAGAAGGAGAGAAAAGAGACCUGUCCGUGAGCUGAGCGGAGCCCUCGAAGUAGAGUUGUGUUUAAUUAAUGACCAGACUAAUUAAAAGCCCAAAGAAAAAUAUAACAGCUCACACUGGUACCGCGCGUUGUAAGAGCGCUUUAAAGCACUCGUUCAGUGUGUUAAUUCAUAAAAGCAGCAAAAGCGGCUAAUAACUUCACUCUCUCCAGUGGCCCGUUCGACUAUAUACUUGUAAUAGUCGGUUUUAUUUUUUUCAAGUACAAUUGUCCCUUGUACAAAAGUUUAUACUCUUCUGAUGUACUAUUAUUUUGUUCUUAUUAUUCUACAUUUCGUUUUUACAACAUUCGCUUAUCUCCAAGGAAAUGGUUAUUUUCGAUGACAAAUACAAAUUCAUUUCAACUUCAAAUUUACUCUUUAAGUCUAAUUAAUUUUUGUACAAGAUCCCUGAAGCUCCCAACCCUACUUUUUAUGCAAAUGUAUUAGAACUUAGACGCACACUUUUCUGCUUCUCAUUCUGUAAAAUGGAUGAUUAAAAAUCACUACCUGGAUAAAUUUUACAAUCACAGUAACAAAUAAUAAUUGUAUUGUAAUCAUAGCAUGAAAUUUGUUUGUAUGUUCUGAAAUCCUUUUAUAAAAUCAUUA